UGAUUUUCAGGAAUGGCCGAACGGACUAAAUUUUAACCAAUCAUAGACGACUAGGCUAUCUCUAUAGUUCAUCAUGUUCUGUAAAUCUGAUCAAAGAAUAGGAAUUCGUGCCCAAGCGUGGGUGUAUGUUGUGGCAGUAGUGUAGUUAUUCUCCUCGAUCGACUGACUAAUAGCUAAGCUACUUUAUAAUAUGGACGUUUACAAAUACCCUGUUUUCUUCGAGUGCCAGACUCUGGACCCACCACAGAAAGAGAAGAUUAAAAAGUACUUUGAAAUUCGCCGUAAAUCCGGUGGCGGAGAUUGUGGACCAGUAGAAUCAGUUGGUGACCAAGUCUACAAGGUUGCGUUUAUUUACCACGAAGUCCAGGAGAGGGUACUUCAGAAAGCUCAUCAUGUGUUGGAGAUGCCUGGAGGACCUCUCUCCCUCACUCUGAGAGACAGCCUGGAGACAAGCUCUCCAGUAAGCAGUCAGGUGAGUCACCAGUCCUUCCCAUUCCAUCCCUCCCUCCCUGUCCAGACAUCGCCACCUGGUGGCCUAGAGCAUGAACUCCAUCUAGACUCCUACCUCCUGAGAUACCUGAAGGAGAGCCCUGGGGCUGGAAGAGACCUGCAGCAGCAGCUGUCCUCUCUGGGCUGCUCUGUCCACCUCUACCCAGAGGACGGGAGGGCAGUGGUCAGAGGCUCAGGCCAAGCUGGGUCAUGUGGAGAUGGGGUGGGACCAUGGAAGGCACAGGUAGAGAGACUGUUCAAACAGCUCCAGGAGCGGUACAAAUGCCACUAUGAGGUAGACCCACGUAAGCGCCAGUCUCUGCUGCAGAGAAGUACCCUGGGUUUGGAGGAUGUGAGGGUUUACUGCGAGGCAGGGGAAGGGUUUGCGGUGGUGGUUGGGGAGGGGGCCAAGGUCCAGGCCAAGCUGAAGGAGCUGGAGGCCUUCCAGUCUCAGGGUCUGAGCUCCAUGAAGCAGGAGAAGAUCAGCACCACCUGUCAACUUGGACAGUCCAAGCUCCGUCUUCUAGGGAAAGUGAUAGAGAAGGAUCUAGGUGAGGCUGUUCCAGGGGUGAAGGUGACGCACGGUGACUCAUUUCAGCUGGUGCUGGAGGGUUCAGCAAGUGAAGUCCGGACAGCCAGACAGUUGGUUACAGAUAAAAUCUCUCUGGUGCUGGAGCGGGUGGUGCCUGAGGUGGCCCCCCACCUCCUGUCCUUCCUGAGGGAUGAGUAUGGGAGGCCUGGGAACCUGAGCAGUCUGCUGGGGUUGGGACUCCAUGUGGAGGUAGAGCUGGGGGACACAGAGCUCCGUCUGUUCUCCCUCUCCUCCGGGAAACUAGACCAAGCUGAGAGGGAUCUGCUGGGGGAGUUUGGGGAGGAGAAGAUUGAUGUGCCCAAAGGUGCCUUCCAGGCUGAACUGAAGUCCAAACUUGAGAAGAAGGUGAAGGAGAUGAACCAGAGCAGAUGCCAGGUGAUAGCCAGGUAUGGUCCUGGGUGUAGAGUGCAGCUGCUGGGCCACCUGAAGCAGGUUCAGGAGCUGAGGGAGGAGAUUGGGGCCUUUCUGAGAGACCAGUCCAGUGUAAGAGUUGUGGGACGCCCUCAACAGAACCAUGGUGGCGCAGUCGAAUCAGGCGCCGGACCAAGACGUGAGGAGACGGUCACAGCCACCAGCUAUCGCCUCCAGGGGGGGCUGCAGGUAGUGGUUUGUCAGGGUGACAUCACCAAGGAACGGGCAGACGCACUGGUGAACUCAGCGAGUGAGGAUCUGGAUCACGCUGGGGGCGUGGCUGCAGCUCUGAGCCAGGCGGGGGGGCCUGAGGUACAGCAGGCCAGCAGGGAUCUGGUUAGGCAGAUAGGGAGAGUACCCACAGGUACAGUGGUAGAGACUACAGGAGGGAAUCUGCCUUGUAAGAUGCUGCUGCACGCAGUGGGACCAGUAGGUGGCAGCGUCAGUGGAAAUGAGCUGGAAAAGACAGUAAAGGCAGCCCUGGAUCUGGCAGAGACUAUGGAGCUCCAGACCCUGGCCAUGCCCGGCAUCAGCUCGGGGAUAUUCGGCGUUCCUCUGAAGGUGUGUUCUGAGGCCAUAGUCUCUGCAGUGAGGGACUUUGGGAGGGAACAGCACAUCCUUACCAAGGUCACUCUGAUUGAUGUGAGUGGAGAGGUAGUGAGAGCCAUGCAGGAGGCAUGUGAUAGGCUGUUACAGGGGAAGAGGGAGUUUCCUGGGUGGGAGGUAGAGUCCAGCACCACCACUACCACUACACAUGCUUCUCAGAGAGACACCACUGCUGCCUCCGCCAGGGGACCAGUGGCUCCAGAGGUCUGUGUCCAGGUGGAGGUCAUCCAGGGAACCAUAGAGAAGCAGCAGGUGGAUGCGCUGGUGUCCCCCAUGGUUGGUAGUGACCCUCUCUCCUCCCGUGUUGGUAAUGUCUUGUCGUUGGUAGCUGGACCGGCGCUGAUGACAGCAUUUCUGAGGGAAUCAGGGGAACAGACUGCACCUGGUGACAAUGUUCUGGUGGAGGGACUGUCUGGUCUCAGCUCUGGCCGUGUCUUCUUUCUCAGAUGUGCACGCUGGGACAACAACCCCCAAGGACCAGCAGUACAGGCUCUGAGGCAGGGUGUGAGGAAAAUCCUGACCUCUUGUGAGAACAGGGGCUUCCGUUCCGUUGCCUUCCCUGUAGUUGGAACUGGUGUGGUUCUCCAGUUCCCUGACAACGUGGUAACACAGGUUCUGCUAGAAGAGAUCCGUAGGUAUGAGCAGAACCGAGCGAGCAGAACCCCCUUCCUUGUCCGCAUCAUUGUCCAUCCAAAUGACAGAGAUUCUACCAAGAUGUGUAUAAAAGUUGAACGGUACACAGUCCACGAGAACGAAGCCGUAGCGAAAAUCGAGACGUACUUUUCACCAGAGGCCUUCAAAUAUGCCACAGUCCUCUUCACGCAUGGUGACCAGCUCAAUGGUUUGACCAUUGAGAAGUUUGUCCAACAGAAUGAUGAACUGAACAAGCUUGUGGAGAAAUGUGGAGGCCGCUGUCACGUGAUCGACAACAAAUACUGGAACACCAAUCAGCAGGGUCGGUACAGGAACAACCAGUACCAAGUAGCAGAGUUACUCAACACCAUAGAGAAGAUGGUGAGAGAUAACAGAGGAGGGUUCUACACCAACGAGAUGCUCCAAGAGGCGGAGAGAUUAAUACAAGCAGAGAUAGAGAGUCUUAGGAAGGAGUUCAAAGGCCAGAUGUCAGAGGAAGAGAUGAGAAAACAAGCCAAGGAAAGAGCGAGGAGGAAACUCCUGAUCAAAUUGUCGGGGAUAGCAACAGGUGCAGUGGUAGGAGCUUUACUUGGGGUAAUACUGGCAAUAAUGAUUCCACUCACACUCGCUAAACAACCAUUGAUCAAUUUAGUCAAAAGUCAUAUAGCAGCUUCAAUGACAAUAGUGCCAGCAGCCGUGGCAGAGGUAGCAGGACCAGUACUUACAGUAGAGUCAGGGGUGGGAGUAGGUUCAGGGAUAGGCAUAGGUGCAGGGGUAGGCAUAGGUGCAGGAGUUGUCGUUGGGAUGGCCGCAACAGCAGGAGCAGUGAGAGGAGGGAUAGUAGGAGCUACUGCAGCAGAGGAGGCAGAGACAGUACAGGAGGCAGCAGAGAAAGCAGCCAAUGCGGUCUACCAUGAAGCUAAGGGUAUUUAUGACCAAGCAGGACACCUUUGGAAAGGUUAUAGUAACUUUAAGUAGAUGAGAUAUACCUGAAACCAUUGAGUGAUGGCAACGUGUGUUUCUGACUAAUAACUAUGUGGACACCAGUCAGUUCUAUUCCACUGUAGAAUAGCUCCUUGUCCAACAUAUGUAGCUGCUUGUCCAAAUGUAAAAAAAUAUAUAUAUAUUUUGCAUAUAUUUUUCAUUUUUAUAGUUUUGUAAAAAUCAAG